UGUUCAAAAGAUUCGGUUUUGGAUUUUUUUGUGGAAGGUUUAGAGGAUUUUACUGCUUCUUGGUGUUUAAAAGAUUCAGUUUCAUGUUGGGCAAACUUGCAGGAACUGUAAAGUUCGAUGCUUUGGUCUCAGAAAAUGUAAUUCCAGUUUAGGGUUUUUAUGGGUACAGAAAAUAAAUGGUUGGUUUUACUGGAUUACAGUAACCCGCUGCGGUUCGAGCUCCGAAUCAGCCCGACCCGUCCUUCAUAUCUUGAGGAUUGAGUUUGAGUGAGUGGCUGAUCAAUGGCAUCGCAAUCUGAUCACAAGGCUGCGAUAAUCGAUGGGAAAGCCAUAGCUCAGACCAUCCGAAAUGAGAUUGCUGAGGAAGUUCGCCAUCUGUCGCAGAAAUACUGCAAGGUCCCGGGACUGGCGGUAGUGAUAGUAGGGACCAGGAAGGACUCCCAAAGCUAUGUGAGCAUGAAGCGAAAGGCGUGCGCUGAAGUUGGGAUUAAAUCCGUGGAUAUAGACCUCCCCGAGAAUGUGUCCCAGGAUGACCUCAUUGCCAAAGUUCACGAAUUGAAUGCUACUUCCGAUGUACAUGGUAUACUAGUUCAGCUCCCAUUGCCAAACCAUAUUAAUGAGGAGAAAGUGUUGAGUGAAAUCAGCAUCGAGAAGGAUGUCGAUGGCUUUCAUCCUCUCAACAUCGGCAAGCUUGCAAUGAAAGGCAGAGAACCUUUGUUCCUUCCUUGCACUCCCAAGGGCUGUCUUGAACUUCUGUCCCGGAGUGGGAUAAGCAUAAAGGGGAAGAAGGCAGUGGUUGUUGGCAGAAGUAACAUUGUUGGAUUACCGGUUUCAUUGCUGCUUUUGAAAGCAGAUGCUACUGUUACCGUAGUCCAUUCCCGCACACCAGAUCCAGAGAGUUUCAUUCGUGAAGCGGACAUUAUUAUUGCUGCAGCAGGACAGGCAAUGAUGAUCAAGGGUAGUUGGAUAAAACCGGGUGCUGCUGUCAUUGAUGUUGGCACAAAUGCUAUAGACGACCCGAGCAGAAAGUCAGGCUAUAGAUUGGUUGGAGAUGUAGAUUUCCAGGAAGCAUGUAAGGUAGCCGGAUGGGUAACUCCUGUUCCUGGUGGCGUCGGACCAAUGACGGUUGCAAUGCUACUCAAGAACACUUUGGAUGGUGCUAAGCAUGCUAUUGCUCAAUAAAGCCCCCCCUCCCCUUGUCCUUUGAUCCCUUCAUAAUAAGCUGCUGCUAAUUCCAGUACACAUUUUGGCAAUAAAGUUUGAUUUUUAUGGAUGUAAUUUAUAAAUUUUACUUUUUAUUUUUAAGUCGUUGGACUGAUCUUGAGCUGUUUCAUGCUAUGCUUGUACGAAGAGUUAAUUAAUGAUUUGUUCAGACACAAA